CUUUGGCUUCAACUUUCUCCUUUCCCGCUCGACUUCGCAUUACUGUCGUAACAGGUCAUACUAUUUUGUUACAGGAAACCUCCUCUUCGACUCGAUGCCGCCUUCCUCGAUAGCCUCCUUCCAGCCUCGGCCGAUCCUCACCCUCACUUUCUCGUAGAUUCGUGAAUCCCAUCCCCUCGAUAGCUGCACCCGUUGAUUUUCACUCUCCGUGUCUUCAACAUGGCUGGGUCGACUUCUUCGGCUGCGGAGAUGAUCUCCCAACUUGAAGCGGCGCGUAAACUCGCUUUGUCAGACCCUCAAGUAUACAACCAGGUCCUGCCGGGGAUCUUGCCCAUCGUCGGUCCCUCCGCCCAUGUCGAAGUUCGAAGAUGGGGCGCGGAUUUUUUAGCAGAAGCGUUCGCAAGCCCUUCCUUCCCAAAUCCACAAAAAGAACAACUCUCCUCAGACGUGUUACCUACCCUGCGAGCCAUGUUGGAAACACCAGGAGAAGAUCCUGCGGUGAUCAAGAGCGUGAUACAAGCAGCUGCUAGUCUAUACCCUCUGGUGUUCAGACGAGUAAUUUCGCACCCUACGGAAACUGCGCUGUGGCAGGAAAUGAGUCGGAUGAAAUUGAACAUUCUCCAGAGGAUGGAUUCUGCUCCCAUCGCAGUCAGAGUUUGUUGCAUCAAGUUUGUGCAGAAGGUCGUCCAAAUAGAGACCCCCGGUUUGAUCUCAGAUCCUCGACGCCCCGAGCAAAAUGAGAUCUCGAUGGCGUUGGUUCCACGAACACACCCUGUUCUGCAACCCCCCAAUCUAGAGGCUGAGGCAUCCGGUCUGCUGGACAGACUAUUGAGUGUAUUUCAGGAGACCCCGAUGGAUCCCAUUCUUGUCGAUGCGACGCUUAACUGCCUGCCGGUUCUAAUCCGGACACGGCCCUCCAUCUCCACCAAGAUUGUCUCUGCAAUUCUCAACUUCAACCCACUGAAGCAGGCCAAUGCUCCGAUGACCCCUCGACUGAUGGUUAUUGUAAGAUCAAUGGAGAGGACAACGAGGGCUUUGUUACGAUGGGCAUUGAGGGCUGUCCCAAACCACCCUCUGGAACAGAAGAUCCAGGCAUACCUCAUGCGCCUUCAGCAGUCACGUUCAGCGUUAUUUGCAGAACCUACGGCCCAGAAACGCCCAGCAGAGCCCACCGAUGGGUUGGACGAUGCGAAGAGGCAGAGACUCACAGCAGGCAUUCGCAAAUUUCCGCCCAUGCCCCCACCACCGAACACCUAUAGCCACCUAUUCACGCUUACCGAAGAUACCAGCCUUCAGCAAUUUGAUGUUACUCUUCUCCCUGCUGACAUUGUCAGCACUGUGACUGCGGUUUUCUUGCAACACGUCGAUUCGAAUUCUCUGGAUGGCGCCAUCGACGCAGUCCGGUCCAGAUAUAAUCACUUGCAGAAAGUGAAUCAACCUACUCCUAUCCCCGAGGUGCCAAUGCUUGGCCCCACAGGAAUCGAUGAUGAGGAUGACUACGAUCCUGAAUUUGUUACUGGUACAGAGCCAAUGGUUGAGUCAACUACAGAGAGAGCCUUGGAGGAGCUCGCGCAACCAGCCAUUGAGUUGGGCCCAUUCGAGCUACCUAAGCCCCCGCCAUUGACUGGUGCGGAAGUCGAAACGUUAUCAGAUCAGACUGUCGGACAUGUCUUUCAACUGGUCGCUUCGCUUGAGGCCGCAGGACACUCUCACACCAAGCAGCAACUAGGAUUGAAUCGAAUAGCGGCUAGCGGCAACGAUCGAGACUCUUGGGCGACAAUCCUGAUGCGCUUGGCCACCAGAGCCCCGGCAGGCCUCGACGAGCUUGCCAACGCCUUGAACGAAGACGAUGCAGAUGCCUCCAUGCAACUCAUUAAAUCAGAAGACGCCGAGGAAACAGCCAAUGUCGCAAACCGCAUCCGCCAGACCCUCUUCAUGUAUGUUCUUGAAGAUUUCCGACCGCGCCUUAAUAUGGCCAUCUCCUGGCUAACGGAAGAAUGGUAUGCCGACAAAAUGGCCGCAAAGACACAUCCGGAACUUAACAGUCUACCGAACUACACCCGUUGGGCGCAUCGUCUCAUCGAUCGUCUUCUCCCUUACCUUGACGCCCGAGACAAGAACCUUCUGAUUCGGUUCCUUUCUGAAAUCCCUAGUAUUGAUCGCGAGAUUUUGAGCCGGGUCAAGAGCUUGGCGAGAGAUCCCGAAAGGAUUAAUAUGUGUAUCCUUGCAAUGCAAUACCUAUUGCUGAUGAGGCCGCCGGUUAGAGACAUGGUGCUGGAUACGAUCGAAGUGAUCUGGACGGAAGGAGAUGAUCAGGCUCGGGGAGCGACAAGUAAGGUGCUCGCGAGAUGGAGACCCGGAUUCCUGGAACAGGCCGUGAAGGCAGAAGAAAUCGAAACCAAGACGAAUAUUAAACAGGAGACGAAGGCGAAUGGGGUUACGAGUCGUUCCCCUGUUGCGCAUGUCGCUUCAGACGCAGCUGUGGAUGCAACGGAGUCCAUGAGGAUGGAUCCCAGAAAGAGAAAAGCCCUCGCGGCCGCAAAUGGAUGAUAGUUACACAGACGAGGAAAUUGAGCGCUUAAUUCGCACUGUACCACCAUACCAUAAGGAGAGGAUGGGAUCGAGCAAUCAUGUUUACACACGAGAACCGGUGCAAAGGAGAUAUCAAUCAGUUGGUAAAGAUCUCCUUGAAUUGCACAUAUACUCCGUACUGAUCAUCCAACAUCAUCUAUGCUGUUUUGCCAAAUAUAUACGGG